AUGGCCGAAGAGUUCCUCUUGAGCACCGAGAAGAGCAUCGACUUGGCCUUCAAGCCCGCGACCGUCCUGCCGGGCGACGACGUCACCAAGCAUAUUGCCAACCUCUCGCAGAAACUGCGCCUCGGCGCCGGGCUCAUCGCCAACGGCAAUGCCAUCACGAGUACUAACGCCGGCGUGCUGCGCUACCGCCCGCCCAACCGCUACUGGCUUGACUACAACCACAAGCGUUAUGUACCCGCUGUCGACGAUGGUGUUGUGGGCCUUGUCGUCGACCGCAACGCCGAGUUCUACCGCUUGGACAUUGGCGCCUCGUCGUAUGCAACGCUGGGAAUGCUUGCGUUCGACGGCGCCAGCAAGCGCAACCGCCCGAACUUGCAGCCGGGUGCGCUCGUCUACUGCCGCGUCUUGAGCACAAACCAAGACCUGGAGCCGGCGCUGACGUGCGAGGCUCCAUCCCACAUGUCGAAGAAGGACUGGAUGACGGGCUUGGCUCUGUACGGCGAACUCAACGGCGGCUACGUCUUUAAGGCUUCGAUCGGGCUCGCAAAGAGCUUGCUGAAGGACGACUGUGCCGUUUUGAGUGCCCUGGGCAAGGCGAUGCCGUUCGAAGUCGCUGCGGGCUUCAACGGUCUUGUGUGGGUCAACUCGUCGUCGUGUCAUGACACAAUUUUGAUUACGAAUGCGAUCCUCAACUCGGAAGGACUCCCGGAUGCCCAGGUCGAAGCCAUGGUGGACAAGCUUAUCAGCGACCAGGGUACCCAGCAUUAA